UAACAAUCACCCAAAUAGUUAGAUAAGGAGCCUUGUGAUUUUCAAAGUGCAGACGUAACUGUGCAGAUGUACGAUGGCUCAGAUUCAAUGCAGCCUGGAAAUUUCUUAUGGCUGCAGAACAAACAGAAUGAUGUGUUCAGAUGAUUGAGCUUCUGUCUCUUGUGAUAGAUGGACAAUUACUCGUGCAUAUUUGAACGACUUGUAAGAAGUUCUUCACAAAAAGAAGUUCCAGUGAGUUCUCAUUUAUGAAGCCAUAGAAAGCAAAUUGUUCCUUAAUGUUUUGCCGAAUUAAACUUAACACAAACAGUAACGACCAAAUGGACUGAUUAAUUUAAACAGUCAAGAGUGAUUUCAGGGUCUUGUUAUUUUAAUGCCAACAGUCACUUAACAUGUUGUAUAACAUCUUGGUAUACUGCCCUCUGGAUUGUUUACAUGCUUAUGUGAACCAUCAUUCCAGUGUAGCACUUGUAGAAGAUGCACAUUAUUAUAUUGGCAUCUCUUAUUUGACCACUUCCAUAAAAAUGGGGGCUGUGCAGUAAUUACGGCCUAGUUAAUGAAGUUGCACCUAUAGAAGUUCUUCAGAGAAGUGCUUUGGAAAUCAGGUGGUUUAAAACUGGUCUUAACAUACAGCCUCACGUUCUAUCCCUCAGAGAACAGCGGUACUUUUGAAAACAAGUACAUUUUUAAAGUAAACAGCGGUGGAGAUGUGUUGUUUUAACCACUGGUGAACGGGGAUGGGCAGAGCUCAGUGGGUGACGGAGACAUUGCUCCGGAACCGAGUGAAGCCGUAAGCCUUGGGGUGGAGGAAAGGAGCGCGAUCCAAAAAUUCAGAGACGGACGGUCUCUGCAGCACGGUAAUAACUGAGCCGAAAUUAAUCUGAGGAACAGGUGGCAGAGAAGGCGUGGAGGAAAAGCGUGUGAGGAAGCGUUCCAUAAGCACAGUGAGAGCAUGAGGGGGACUGGGUGACAGGCCGUGUGUCACAGAGAUAAGCACCCAUACUGGCUGAUUCCAGAGGAUUGGGGUCAGAGAGACCCCGCCUUCUUCGAACCCUGUAAACAUGCCCUUGACAACGUUAAUUACAAACGUUAGGAAAUUAGACUAGGAAUCAUAUUUGUUUAAAGAUAGACCAGCAAAUACAUUUUUUUUCUGACUGAAGCAAUUAAGUAACAAUUUACGCGGUAAAAUGUAAGUCUGUGAGCAGCAACUGCAAUAAUGUUCUAUGACAUUUGAUGGUGGAGCUGAGAUUCGUGGCAAACUAUGAGCAGAUCUGGUUUUAAACACCUACAGCUUACCUAUACAGGGCUAUUCGUCCAAAACCUGAAUGAUGUUAGCUGGUUAAUUCGGACUACGGUUUAUCAGUGAAAUUAACUUAAAGGAGAGGUUUCAUAGCAGUGUAUAGCAAUACAUCAAUAUACAUUCAUUAAACUGUUCUUUGGAAAUAAAAUAUGAAUCUUUAAAUUUAGAUAGGAACCUAAUUUUCCUAAAAGCCUCAGGGAUAUGAUUUUUUUUCUUGCAGUUUAAUGAAAUCAUUUAUGCUGCUGGCUGAAGGAGAGGUCUCAUCGAAAGGGACGGAGCACUGGGUGAUGAGCCGCCUUCAUAGGGCUGCUCUUCGCCUUUCCACUUACGAGGCGUUUAUGUGACGCUGAAAACGUCCUUCUUCAACUAAAGGAUGACUGACAGCUCCGCCAUCCAAUCUGGAUCAUGAUAGCCACAGGAGGUCUCUUGCGGAUCUCAGCCAGGCGUCAGGACUCCCUGCAUUCCAAGAACCAGUUGGAGAAGAAGCGCAAGAAGAAGGCCAAGAAGAAGAGGAAGAACGAUGUGGUUGUAGUCAGGGGCAAGCUGAAGUUGUGUUCCAUCUCGGGUUUGGUCGCUGCCCUGGGGAUAUUGGUCCUGCUGGUGGGGGUUGCAAUGGCUGUUCUGGGCUAUUGGCCCAAGGACUACCCGCUUUAUCAGACACCCAAAGUCUCAAUGAAAACUGAGGAGGUAUAUGACAAAACACUGUCCAACUGGACAGGCAGUAAUUCAGUCUUAAAUCAAAUGUACAGUGAAUUCCCCAGCAGCAAUUUAUCCAACAGCACCUCAACCGUUGCACCCCCUGCUGUUGGCUUCUUCAGGGAGUUCUUAGCCACGUACCUGCAUUCAGACAAGCUGAAGGUUUUUGGGCCCCUAAUCAUGGGAAUUGGGAUAUUCAUCUUCAUAUGUGCCAACGCAGUGCUGCACGAGAACAGGGACAAGAAAACCAAAAUCAUCAACCUCCGGGAUAUCUACUCCACUGUCAUUGACAUGCACAGCCUUCGGGCCAAGGAGUGCACGCCGCACAAUGGCUUUGUGAGUCACGCCCAGCCGCAGGCCGCCGAGGGCCAGCCGCGGCGCAACUGCAGCGCCGCCCUGCUGGCCAGGAGCUCCUGGCCCUCGACGUUCUCCAACAGGCAGCAGGAGCUCUGGUUUGAGAACCUAUCGAAGGGUAGCUUGGCUCAGGACAGGGAAACGUUCAUUGAUGCAGUCUACAGCAUAUAUAAGGAGCAGAACAGGACGGCAGAAGUGAUGCUGCUGCCCAGGCAGAGAGAGGCUGAGUGCACAGCCACCUCCUCCAUGACUGCAUCCACUCUGCCAGCGAUAAAACUGAACCCCAGUGUUGAGGAGAGCCAGCCUCCAGCGCCGAUGGAUUCAGAGAAGGCCCAUAAGGACGGGGGAGAGCCUGGUCAUGAGCCAGAGAGCAAUCUGGCAGGCUGUAGUGGCCCCACAUCCCCGCAGGCUGACACAUACACCCCCCCGGGCCCCACAGAUGUCUAUAAGAGCUCCGGUAGCCUGCGGGGGGCGCCAGAGGGCUCACAGGCGCAACUGCUGCCCCCAUCCCCUCGACAGAGGCUGAAGAGGUCGCACUCAUCCCUCGGUACCCUCUCCGAUUACCCCAGGUCAGUCGACCUGGAGUCGUGCGCAUUACCGGCCUCCGACAGGCAGGGGGCGAGGACGCGGCGCUUUAGCUGCUCACGACUUGAGUGUUCCGGUAUCUGGGGUUACAUCAAGCUGGGGGACCUGGGGGGGGAUUCUUUUGAGUCCUUAGAGGCGGUGUCUUCCAGCCGAGCCGUCUCAGCGGAGGCGUUGUUAGAGGGACAGAGGCCCCCGGUGACUGGUGGCCACAGAGCUGGCAGCAGUGAGCCGCAUAGGGGACGGGUGACCACACAAUACUUGAAUACAGAAACUCUUUUGCCAGGAUCCAAAACCAGGGCAGCGCUGGAUGAAGGGGAACCUGGAAGCUCGGACAUUUGAAUGAAUAUAUCUCUUUAUGAAAGAUCAUUUGCACAAUUUUAUAAAGUUUGAAAGGUCUGUGAAACUUGUUGCAAAGGGCACAACAGAAGUAAUGGAUGGCAGUUCACACUUACUGCCCAACUCCCCGUUAGGGACACUUUGCUAUUGUAAUGCAAUCAAGCAUAAAAAAAGAUUCUUUUAAAUUUGGUUUGACGAUAUGCGAAUGGGUUUGAAAUUAUAGAUGCUUUUUUUAGGAGUUGGUAGCUCUGUUGUGACCCGUGGAAGAUACCAUAACCCAAAGAACAUCCAAAUGUAGGAAUUUCAUAUGUUUGCCUCUGUUUUGUACUUCCUUUCACGGCAGGAAAGCCGUGGAAUACUGUCAUCCGACUUACCGACUUCAUGGUGUGUAUAAAAAAUGAACGUAAACACUACUGUUCUCUGUUAAUACUCAUAGUUAAUCCACCAAAUUCACUCAAAUUGGAACUGCUGUCCAGCCAAUAUAAAUUAUAUUUCAUUUCUUGAAUAGCUUAUUAUUUAUUAUGGCAAAUAUUUUGUAUUGAUAAUUUUUAACAAGUUUGAAACCCAGAUUAGCAAUAUUAUGCUUAACGGAUUAUAAUUAUUUAUGGGGAAAAAGAAAAGUAACAAUGUUUGCUGUUACAAACCAGUUAUUUCAAAGAGAUAUGCUGUCAUUUAAUUUUAUAUGCCUGGCAAGCUUGAGUAGGACUUUACAUCUAUACUGCUAUUUUGGCAUGAGUUCAACCCGGAGUUUUGACAUGCUCACCGGAGUCUUGAUUUAACUUGGCCCUUGAUGAGAAAUGUAAUCUGACGUCUGUAGCACCCAAAUUGCUUAAGUUUCAAAAUAAAUGAAAACUGAUUCUGUGCAA